AUGGGUUGUUCAUUGACUUCUAAGAAAAAAACUGAUAAAUUUCAAUCUCUACAAUUAGCUUCCUAGAUAACUUCGAAACAAAUUGAAGAAGAUGAGGUUGAAAGAGAAAUUUUUAAUCAAUUUUGUAUAGAUAAAUACAAAAUUUAAAAGAAUCCAAUAGUUUAAAGGAGAGCUCAUUCUGCUAUGCCAAGUUUAAUGAAUGUAUGGAAUAAAGGAGAUGCUUAGAAUUCAUAUGUGUAAAGAUAAUUCUCUUGA